AUGGAGGAGCCGAUUGACCGAGAACAUGUCGACCGAUUUGGUCGGUUGAAUUCCAUUAUAGAUUCAAUACCCAACGAAGAUACCGAUCUCGAAUUCUCCAGUGAUGAAGAUUAUGAAAGUGACGAUACCGAUGAAUUGAAAUUAUCUCCUCAAGAACAGUGGGAAGAAAGUUUAAAACAAAUCAACUCACUAGUAAGCUUUGUGAUCUUCCCGUUGAUUGGUAAAAUCCUAGGUAGAAGAUUCAGUCAUACUCUAUGGAGACUUUACGAUUUAAUGUAUGAAUAG